GCGUGGAGUCAGUCGUCUUUGGUCUGCGAGAGCGCGCUGUUGCACCAAGCAGCUCCGCCAACCUCAGCCAGCACGGAGCGAUGGCACUACUGUCGAGAAGAGGCGCGAUGAGCGCAGCGCUGCUGCUCUGCUAUCUAGCGGCGGUUGUGGAACCACGAGCAACGUCUCUCAAACAAGCCCAAGAAACUAAAAAACCUUACACCCUCGAAGAAAUAACGGGCAGAGUUUUUACCGCCAGAGGAUUUAACGGCACGUGGAUUUCAGGUUCAGAAUUUUAUUUCACUUCUGGAUCAACGGGCGACAUCUACAGAUAUGACGUUUCAGAAGACAGCACGUCUCUCCUUCUAGCCCAUGACAUUUUGGAAGCCAGAUCAGCGAGCUUACAGAGUGUUUCUGCUGACGGAAAGAACUUUCUUCUCAGCUAUGGCAGGAAGCCGGGCUUCAGACACUCGUCGUUGUCGAGUUUCGUCGUCUACAACAAUGAAACAAGGGAGCUGUACCCGGUGGGCGGAGGGCAGCCGCUCUCGCUGGCGCAGUGGGGGCCCGCGGGCAGCGCCCUGGCCUUCGUGCGGGGCAACGACCUGCACUACAAGCCGUCCUACGACGGCGCGGAGGUGCGCCUCACCUCGUCCGGCGUCGAGGGCGUCGUGUACAACGGCGUGGCCGACUGGGUCUACGAGGAGGAGGUCCUGGCCACGUCUUCGGCGCUGUGGUUCUCUCCGGGCGGCUCCAGCCUCGCCUACGUCACCUUCAACGACUCGCACGUCAAGGAGAUGACCUACGACGUGUACGGGACCCCGGGCAGCCUGGGCGGCCAGUACCCUGAGCUCGUGAGCCUCCGCUACCCCAAGGCCGGCUCGCCGAACCCCUCCGUCAGUCUGCGCGUGAUCGGCCUCCAGGGACUGACGGCGCAGGACGCGGUGGGGCCAGAGGUGCUGCUGCCGGCGCCCGUCGACGUCGUCUCCGACGAUCACAUCAUCUUCAGCGUGACGUGGGCCACCGAGAAGAAGGUUGUAGCCGUGUGGACCAACAGGAGGCAGAACGAAUCAGCGACGACGGCCUACGACUUGGGAGACGACCUAAGUUUGUCUUCUGUCUCCCAGCUUCACCACAAGAUCGAGCCACAGGGCUGGGUGAGCCCCGCCGCGCUGCAGUUCGACCCCAGCGGCGGGUCGUACGUGACGGUGCUGAGCCAGCCGCAGGGGGGGCAGCUGGGCGACUUCAACCACGUGACCCUGGUGAGGGACGGCGUCGAGACGCCCCUCACGUCGGGCGCCUACGUCGUCGUCAGCGUCUACGGCUGGGAUGCCGCCACCGGCAACAUAUACUUCUUGGCGACGGGCCGGAACUCGUCCACCCAGAGGCACGUGUAUGCAGUGUCCCAGGAUGGCUCAAGUGACACCUGCCUGUCCUGCUCGGUGCGAACCCCAGAAGGCAAUCCUUGCGCCUAUGCCUCCGCGUCCUUCAGCAAGGACUUCUCUCACUACGCCCUGGUCUGCUCCGGCCCAGACCCCGCCUUCGCCGAGGUGUACAAGGCGACAGGGCUGGAUGCGCAGCCACUGCUGUGGGAGGACAACGAGGCGUACCGGAGGAACGUGUCGUCGCGGAGCUACCCGGAGCUGUACACCACCCAGGUGCCGGUGGACGGUGGGUUCACCGCCACGGCGAGGCUGUGGCUGCCGCCAGGCCUGGACCGCAGCGGCGCCACCAAGUACCCGCUGCUCGUGUUUGUGUACGGCGGGCCCGGCUCCAAGCAGAUAACUGACGCCUUCACGCUGAGCUUCGGCACGUACCUGGCGACGAACCGCAGCGUCAUCUACGGCCUCGUCGACGGGCGCGGCUCGGGUCUGCGCGGCAACAAACUGCUGUUCCAGCUGAACAACCGGCUGGGCACCGUCGAGAUCCAGGACCAGAUCUCCGUCACCAGGUUUCUGCAGGAGACUCUCCCAUACGUGGACGCGGAGCGCACGGGCAUCUGGGGCUGGAGCUACGGCGGCUACGCCACGGCCAUGGCGCUGGCCAGGGACACAGGGGGCGUGUUCCAGUGCGGCGCGUCCGUGGCACCCGUCACCAGCUGGAUAUACUACGACUCAAUCUACACGGAGCGCUUCAUGGGGCUGCCGACGGCCGAGGACAACGCGGCCGGCUACGACGAGGCGGACGUCAACCGGCGGGCGGAGAACUUCAGGGACAAGGGGUUCCUCCUGCUGCACGGCACGGCGGACGACAACGUGCACUACCAGCACUCCAUGGCGCUGUCCAGGAGCCUCGAGCUGAAGGACAUUCUCUUCUCUGAAGUGAGCUACCCGGACGAGAACCACAGCAUAGGGACCUUUCCCUUCCACGUUUAUCUCACAAUGGACAACUUUUGGAAGAAAUGCUUCAAGUGAACCUCGCCACCGAUGUUUGUAAAUUUGCUUGAUAAAUAUUUAAUGGAUACAAA